AUGGGUGUUCUUGCAACUAUUGCUAAGAAUUUGGAUACAUUGAUCGGGCCAGGAGUUACACUUCUUUUUCCUUUAUAUGCAACAAUGAGAGCAAUAGAGACCCCUUCUGCACUAGACGAUCAGCAGUGGCUUACAUAUUGGGUGUUAUAUUCUUUCAUCACAUUAUUCGAGCUCUUCAGUUGGAAAGUCCUCGCUUGGAUUCCAGUAUGGCCAUAUAUGAAAUUGUUGUUCUGCAUCUGGCUGGUAUUGCCAACAUUCAACGGGGCAGCCUAUGUUUAUGAUAAUAUUGUGAGAAAAUAUGUGAAGCCUAGUGACUAUAUCAAUUUCAUCAGCUCAUCAGCAUCAAAGCGCCCAGAGGGACAGAAUAAGGUCCUCCAGAUGAUGAGCCUGGAUGCAAGGAAGUCAGUAGAGCGUUUUAUCGAUCAAUAUGGACCCGAGGCUUUCGAAAGAGUCGUCAGAGCAGCUGAAAGAGAAGCGAGGAAGCACUGA